UCAUUAUGAACUUUUUUUUACUUUUUUUCAACUUGCCAUCCAGAACUCAACUCUCUGCAAAUCGCUAAAUUGUUGAUGUCCUUUAAAUUUAAUAAAUUCUAUUUAUUUUUUAAUAUUUGAACCAACUUUUCUUAUUAAUAGUGUUAACUUUAAUUAGUGGUGUCGAUCUGAGGUUGUUUACCGACGGAGUAAACUCUUGUAAAUUUUUCUUAUCUAGUGUGUUGUUUUUACUAUUCUUAUCCUAAAACCAAAAUGGCGCAUUCCAGCCUGAAUCUUCUAGUAAGUGAUCUUCUAGCUGAAUCGUCUUCAGAUGAUGAAGAAUACGUGCCGAAAUCUAAAGAUAUCGCUGCCGCUGAAAAAGAUGAUAUCGACGACGACGACGAGGAUGACGAUGAAGACGAUGAUGAUGAAGAUCCAGACGCCGAAGAUGAUGAUGAUGACGAAAAUAAAGGACAUAGAGCUAUAAAAGAAGAAAAUAAGUCUACUGAAAAAUCUGGAUUAACAGCUGAUCUUAUUCAUUCCAAUACUGAUUAUUUGAAAAGCUCAGGUGAUUUUUCACCUAUUAAAUUUGAACUGCCAAUUAGAGUGACUAAAUUAUUAGUUUGCUCAGUAUGUUUAGGAGAUGUAUCUCAUGAAGUUGAUGAAAUAGUUGAAUGUGAUUCUUGUGGUAUUACUGUCCAUGAAGCAUGUUAUGGUGUUACAAAUGACACAGAUAAUGACGCAGAUUCAGUUAAUUCCAACGCAAGUUCAGCUUCAACCGAGCCUUGGUUUUGUGAUGCCUGCCUUGCAAAUGUAACCAAUCCAAACUGUGAUCUAUGUCCUAACGUUGGGGGCAUAUUUAAACAAACUGACGUCAAAAGAUGGGUUCACCUUGUCUGUGCUCUCUAUAUUCCAGGAGUUGCCUUCAAUGAUACUAGUCAUUUAAGCGGUGUAACUUUAUUCGAGUUAUCUCAUGACCGGUGGAGUGCUCGAACAUGUAUACUGUGUGAGGAUGAGCGUCUCUCUAGAACUGGUGUUUGUAUUUCCUGUGAUGCAGGAAUGUGUAAAUCAUAUUUUCAUGUUAGCUGUGCUCAAUCCCAUGGACUUCUUUCAGAAGCUCAAACGGCGGAUGAAACAGAAUUAGUGGAUCCUUUUUAUGCUCAUUGUAAAGUACAUGCUAGUGACAAGGCAGUUGUUAAAUCUAAAAGAAGGAAUUGGUUAGCCCUCCAGUCUAAAAUGAAAAUAAAACGCCAACAACUACAAGAAAAUUCUCUUAAUGAACGCAUUGCUCGUAAACUUCAAAGGGCUAGGAUUAAAUGGUUAAAAAUUGAGGAAAUGAAACAACCACCAUGGGUUCCCAAUCAAAAGAUCCCGCGACUGUUAACAACAAGUCCCUCUGCAGUUAAAAAACUCAUCAGAAAAGCUGAGCUUCUCGGGAUGAGUCCUCAAACGCAAUAUAUUGCUGCUCAAGAUGUAGAUAUUAGAAAAAAGUGGCAUUUACCUCCAGCUUUCUCCGUUGAAUAUGUAUCUUAUUAUUUAGAUCGUGAUAAUCGAAUAACUAAUAUGCAAAAACGAAUUGAAGAGCUUAAAAAUCAAUGUCGCCAAUUGAAAGGAGUUGAAAAUACAACCAGACAAAGAUAUGAAGAACUAAUUAAUGUUAUUGGCGAGUGCAAAACCAAAAAUACCGAAUUAAAAGAAACAGGCCGAAAUAUAUGGACUCUUCUAGCUAAUCUGUCAAGAGAAACUAUAUCCAUUCCUAAGUUAUUUCAAAAUGAUGCAGAAAAACGAGAUGAAGAGUCAAAAGCCGGUGGAGCCGUUGGUGAAUCUGCUACUUCGGCACCAAACAUUUUGGUCAAAUGUGGAAUCUGUAACCGAAGUCAUGAUUUUCAAAGAUUGGCUCUUUGUGACUCCUGUAAACUUCAUUAUCACCUUUACUGUCUUGACCCACCUCUCAAGAGGAUGCCUAAAAAGACGCGUUUUGGUGGUUGGCAGUGUUCUGAUUGUACAGAGAAAGAAGAAGAAGAAACUACUUCUCCUAACAAAAGUGAUGGAGAACAAAGUCCUGAAAGUUCUAUCGAUACUCCUAAUAAACGUAGAAGACUUAGAGAGAACGUUAAAGGGCCAAACAAGUUUGUACCUGAUGCCGAAACUACUCCAACUGCUGCUAUACCGAAAAAGAAAAAACGAGGUCGAAAAAGGAAAAGAAUUAAGGGUGUCAGAAGAAAUAAAAUCAAGAUUAAAAAAGAAGAUGAUGAAGAAAAUUCUGCAAACAGACGAGGUAUAGUAAGUAUGGGUCCUAAUAAUAGUCUACUGGUAACUCUUGAGCCUGUUAAGCCUGUCAAACUUGAAGAAGAAUGCUGUAAAUGUAAACAAAUUUCAAAGACCAAGUUUCUUGUUCAGUGUGACCAAUGUUUCCUAUUCUACCACUUUGCUUGUUGUAAUCCCCCUUUGAGGAAAAAUCCGAAAAAGAAAGGUUAUCAAUGGUUUUGUGAAGAAUGUGAUGACAGCGAUGAAAGUGAUGAAGAAGACGAUGAUGAUGGAAAGGACGAAACAGGGGAAGGAGAAGAGGAGGAAGAUGCAGGUGAAGGCGAAGAUAGCUUCCAAGUUAACGAGAAAUUAGUUUUUGAUUUUAAAAGAAAGAAAAAUUAUAAUGAUGACUCGUUAAAACAAAAGGACACCAAAAAUAAUAAUCGACAUAAUCAUCAUCGUCCUCAUCCACAACAUUUACAUCAGAACCAUCCAUAUCAUCAACAUCAAAGCCAACAGCAUUCAGAAAUGAUUAUCUACCAUGAAAACAUGAUAAAGCCUAAGGAAAAUGGAAGAGUAUCCAUUCACUACAAAGAGAAUGGAGAUUAAUUUGAUAAUCUCACUAUUAAUACUAAAAGUUGUUAACAUUCGUAUCUCAAUAGGACUGAUAGAAAAAAUGGAACAGUAAAUUAAGCUGUUUAUUUAUCAAUAUCUUCAUCAGAACAUCUUCAGAAUAUCUUUAUAUUUACAUUGCUACGAGUAAUUAUCAUGAAGUAACGAGUUUCCCCUAUUAAUUUGUAUUUUUUCACCUGGAAACGUGUAAAAAGCGUAAAUAUAAUUUGAUAUGCCACAAAUCUUUCUCAAAUCAAGAAGCCAGACAAAAGUUUUCAAGAAUCCCAAGAAAAAGGAAUACAAUCAAGAAUCGUCAAUUUUGCUAACUCUUUUUCUCAUUAUCUGCUUUGCCCUUUAUUAAAAAGCAUCAGGUGAAUCAUUUCACUUGCCACAAAAUUAAGAAAAUUCAAGCCUAUCAAUUGGGCUGAAAACCCUAACUCAUUUUUGAUGUUGUUUUUUGUCCCUCCAAUCAAAUAUUUGGCUUGGGUUUUUUGUGUCACAAAAGUCAUUAAAAAAUCAUAGAAUCAAAGCUGUGAUAUUGUCAUCAAUUGAUAUAACAACAACAAUUAAAGUAAUACAAUUCAUUCA